CUGAUUGCACGCCUCACAUUUAAGCUUUAUUACCCCGUUAAUUUGCAUCUACGACUGCUGUUAUCCGGCUCAAACAGGAAUAACAUGCAAACACACGGACCUUUAUGUCUGUGGUGCGAACACAGAUGCGUAUUUGUGCAACUGACCAAAAAUUAGGCACAAUAAGUCCUCAUGCAUUUGAUGUCUACAUCGUUAUAUGUAUGCAUUAAUAACAUUCCACUGUUUUAAGAGCUACAAUUACUUUUUGGGCAGUGAGAAAUUGCAUUAUAUUGAUAAAUUAGUUGAAUUGGUCCUUUAAAGCGAUUUCAACCGGUAAAUUAUCUCAUAAUUAUGAUACAGCAUGAGACUAUUUUCAAGUUGACGAAACGGGCUUCUAUAGACAGUAACUGAGUUAAACAUCCCUAAUCAGGGUGGGUCUCUGAGGUCACCUGACUGCUGACAUCACGCAGGUAUGAAAACCAGCUGUUAGGAGGAAAUGGCAGUUAGAGCAGAGACAAUAGGAAGCCAUUCACAACCGCGCCCUCAAACAGUGCAGGCUGUGGAUUCAUCUUUGCAGUCAUGACUGUGAGGACGCGAUGUUUUCAGCUGUUCCUGUUUUGGUGUUGCGCACAGACUUGCCUGACGCAAAAGGAUACCAAAGGCUUUACUGGCACAGAGACCAGAGAUGGGGUGUGGGUUUCCUCCCAGGCCCAAGAGGUCCUGACCAGCCGCUUGACCACCGUCUUCCUCCCAGUCGUCUACAUCAUCGUGUUCGUGGUGGGGCUGCCCACCAACGCCUUGGCUAUCUGGGUCUUCCUGUUCAGGACAAAAAAGAAGCACCCGUCGUCCAUCUACAUGGCCAACCUGGCUCUGGCUGACCUGCUGUUUGUCAUCUGGGUUCCCAUGAAAAUUGCCUACCACUUCAACGGCAACAACUGGACCUACGGAGAUGGUCUGUGCAAAGUGCUGGUGGCAUUUUUCUACGGCAACAUGUACUGCUCCAUCGCUUUCAUCGCCUGUAUCAGUGUCCAGCGUUACUGGGCUGUGGUGCACCCGCUGUCCCAGCAGCAGAGGAGCAACCGUUUGGCUGUAAUCAUCUCCGUCGCUAUCUGGGUGGUGGUGUGGCUCAUCACCACCCCUCUCUACCUGUACGACCAAGAAGUCCGCGCGAGGAACCUCAACAUCCUGACCUGCCACGAUGUCACCAGGCCUAGCCAGAAGAAGAUCGCAGCAGGAUACUUCCUCACCAUGGGAACGCUGGGAUUUGUCCUCCCCACCGUCGUGUGCAUCAUAUCCUACGUCCUCAUGCUCAAGUCUCUGAGGAACAGCAUGUCCGACCCCACCAUCGCUAAGAAGCGCAAAAAGGCCGUGGUCCUGAUCAUCACGGUCCUGGUGAUGUUUUUAGUGUGCUUCACCCCCAGUAACGUCAUGCUGCUGGUGCACUACAUCCUCCUGCUGGGUGAGGCGGAGAACAACCUGUACGGGUUUUACAUCACCACGCUGUGUUUGGCCAGUCUCAACAGCUGCUUCGACCCCUUUGUUUACUACUUCAUCUCUGAGGACUUCAGGGAGCACGUGAAGAAUACGUUCCUCUGCAGGAGCGAGAGGACGGUGGAGAGGAUGAGGGUCUCCUUCAGCGCCCUGAAAUACUCCAAAAAGAACAACACGUACACGUCUGAGUCGGGGAACACGCAGAGCACAGAAUGCUAGCAGUUUUUAAGUUCGUUCCUUUUCAGAAAACUCAGGUACAGAAGAAGACCGAUGAAGAGUGGGGGUCCACCGAUAGUUGAUUUGCUGUAAAAAUGCAAAUCUUAGUGACAACAUGAGGAUUAUCUCAGGCUCCAACAUAAAACCUCACUGAUAUACCUUUCAUCAUUUAUGUAUUUCAAUCACAAGGGACCUUUUCUCCCUGGGUGUUGAUAGGCUGUUACUUGUGACCUCUAUCCAGCUAGAGAGUGGCUAGUGGCUACUAUUGAGAAAAGUGGCCACAUCAAAGCCAAAGUAGCACAUUUUGAAUUGAAUUAUUUUAUCUGGAAUCAUUAGAAAUGCAGAUUAUCAGAUAAAUGCUCAAUAUUGGCUCUGAUAAUCCUUCAACCCAUUAUUUUUAGGCUUGUGAUGAAAAGUCAUCUGUAUUGACGAUCGUGCUGUCUGAAGUUACUGCUUUUUUUUUAACUCUGUAAAUAAAUGUACUUUUACAAAUCUUUUGAUAAUACUAUUUUCAUUUAAUGUGUGAUGUUUUCUUGAUGCAGAAGUAUGAACAUGGAUUAUUUUUAAUAUAACUGAGAGGAUGAAUUCUCUGUCAGCUAUUUACUGUGUGACAUGAAAGUUAAAUCUGUAAUGUUUAAUGUUUAUUAAAUGAUACAUGUAGUAAGAUAAAGGAAUGUUUUUUACUUGUGUAGCUACUUUUUAUUGUUUGCCAAUAAAGAUAACUGUCUUGCUAACUUUGCUAUACCUGUUCUCACCAUUCAAAAGCCUUAAAGCAAAGUUAAGGGUAAAAGAUCUCGGAAAGCAUUAAAUAGUCACGAAUAUUUCCAGGAGACAGAAGUUGUGACAGUGGAUGUUUUCUCAGUCAGUUUAUUUUUUUUGCUCUUCUUCUUUCAGCCUACAGCCAAUACGCAACAAAAAUGUUCUGAAUUAGUCAUUUUAAAUGAAUCAGACAUCUGUUUAUUCAGAUCUUGUUCACACGAAUUUAACUGAUGUCAUUAGUUACUGUUGCUGUUAUACUGUGAAAAGUUGCCACAUGCUUCUAUGCUACGGUUUGCUAUCAACACUAGCAGAAUGAUUGUAAAACUGGUAUGAAAAUGCAGUGAGUGCAAAUUCUAAAGGCCUUUAAAGUCUUUUGAGCGUU